AUGUCCCCCCCGCGGCGACAGACCUGGGCGUGCCGAGUGGCGCCGAGCAGCAGGUCAGCCUUCAGCAGUGGGGUGAGAGGUGCGGAGUGCAAGUGUUUCUUUCAGCUCUUGGAGCGCGCGAAGAUGAAGUUGUGGGAAUACUGCCUGACGGCUUCUGCGGCUGGAGGUGCCUGGCGACGCUUUUCGCUCCGGAGCACCUUUGAGAUGGUUGCAACAAACCUCAGGGAAGAGACCCAGGCACCCUUGGUUCGUCUUCGCCGACUUGCCGAGCUUGGGCAACAAGGCCUCUCUGCGAGCGAUGUGGCCCGAGAGCUGCGCAGGAGCAAAGCGCAGGACGAUGAUGUCUUCCUUACGGAGAGGGAGCUGAAGAUCUUGAUCGCUAGGGUAACAACAGCAGAGGUUGUGAUUGUGAACCUGGCCUUCGAUGUGUCCCACGUGGGUGGAGACUACACCCUUGUAACAGAGGCGGCCUUUUUGAGCGACGUGGAAAUCGGCCAUGAUGCCGACUUCCGCCAGCUGCGGUUGUUUGUGGCCGAGGCAGAGGGCGUCUGCAGCUGGGAGGAGUUGCUGGGCCACCGACCCAUCGUUCUCCAUGUUGGUGGAACGGCGGUGUAG